UCUCAGAUCCACUUUCUCCACCUGAGAAAAUAGUGGCGGUAGUAGUCUUCCUCCUCCAUCAGCGCCACCGCCGCAACAAAGCUAUGUGAUUCGGAUCUCCUCGUCCUCUCUCCCUCUUAAACCCUAAUUCCUCUUCUCCUAUUCUCAUCUUCUUUCCGCCAAUUUUGAGUCCCUACAUUCCACUCUAUCCACCCGCCUAUUUGGGGCAAAGAUGUAUAUGGCAUACGGAUGGCCGCAGGUGAUUCCAUUGGAACCAGGAUCAUGCCCUACUUCUUUCUCCGACCACAUUGUCUACUUCAAAGUCCUCAAUCGCUUAUUGCUCGUCGUCGCUCCUUCUCAUAUCGAACUCUGGUCUUCUUCUCAGCAUAGGGUGAGACUGGGAAAGUCCAAGAGAGGCGUGGAUUCGAUUCAGAAAGAAGGCGAGAAUUUGCGGGCAGUUUGGAGUCCGGAUGCCAAAUUGAUUGGCGUAAUUACAUCUUCUUUUUAUCUUCAUAUUUAUAAGAUCCAUUUCACGGACAAGAAAAUACAAAUUGGAGGAAAGCAGCCAUCUGGUUUAUUUCUUGCUACCAUUUCUUUACUUCUAAGUGAGCAGAUCCCUUUUGCAGACAAGAGUAUGACAUUGAGCAACAUUAUCUGUGAUAACAAACAUAUGCUUGUUGGACUUUCUGAUGGAUCAUUUUAUAAUAUAUCAUGGAAGGGAGAGUUCUGUGGGGUUGUUGAUCUUGACAUUCCAUUCUCUGAUGGAAGUGGAGCUGAUAAAUUGUCUCAUUCUUUGGACAAUGGUCUUCCUUCUAAUGGAGCACGAGGUGUUUCUCUGCCCAGGAAUUAUAUGAGGAAGAAGUCUGCUAUUGUGCACAUGGAGUUUUCCUUCUCACUGAGGUUACUGUUUUUGCUCUUUUGUGAUGGACAACUUGUGUCAUGUUCUGUAAGUAAGAAAGGAUUAAAGCAAGCUGAUUUAAUUAAAGUCGAAAAGAAGCUGGCAUCUGGUGAUGCUGUAUGUGCCUCAGUUGCUUCAGAGCAACAAAUUCUUGCUGUGGGUACAAAAAGGGGAGUUGUUGAGUUGUAUGACCUCACAGAUUCUGCUUCCCUUAUUCGUGCUGUUUCUUUAUAUGACUGGGGAUAUUGCGCAGAUGAUACUGGACCUGUCAGCUGUAUUGCCUGGACUCCUGAUAAUUCUGCUUUUGCAGUUGGGUGGAAAUUAAGAGGGCUUACAGUUUGGUCUGUUUCUGGAUGUCGGUUGAUGUCAACAAUUCGUCAAAUUGGUUUGAUCUCAGUGUCUUCUCCAGUUAUUAAGCCAAACCAGGAUUGUAAAUAUGAGCCUAUGAUUGGUGGCACCUCACAAAUGCACUGGGAUGAGUAUGGAUAUCGGCUUUAUGCUAUUGAGGAAAGAUCUUCAGAAAGAAUUAUUGCUUUUCCUUUUGGCAAAUGUUGUCUUAACAGAGGAGUAUCUGGAACAACUUAUGUUCGUCAAGUUAUUUAUGGGGAAGAUCGGCUGCUUAUUGUCCAGUCUGAAGAUACUGACGAACUUAAAAUCCUUCAUCUUAAACUUCCAGUUUCUUAUAUGGCGCAAAAUUGGCCUGUUUUACAUGUGGCUGCUAGCAAGGAUGGGAUGUACUUAGCAGUUGCUGGACUUCAUGGGUUAAUUUUAUAUGACAUACGACUAAAGCGGUGGCGAGUGUUUGGAGAUAUUACUCAGGAACAGAAGAUCCAGUGCAGAGGCUUGUUAUGGCUAGGGAAAAUUGUUGUGGUCUGCAACUACACAGAUUCCUCCAACAUAUAUGAAUUGCUUUUCUACCCAAGAUAUCACCUUGAUCAAAGUUCGUUACUUUGUCGGAAGCCAUUGCUUGCAAAGCCAAUGGUCAUGGAUGUCUACCAAGAUUAUCUACUUGUUACCUAUCGCCCCUUUGAUGUCCAUAUAUACCAUGUUAACCUGUCUGGAGAGUUGACACAUUCUAGUACCCCAGAUUUACAGCUUUCUACAGUACGUGAACUCUCAAUUAUGACUGCAAAGAGCCAUCCUGCUGCAAUGCAUUUUAUCCCAGAUCAACAUCCUAUAGAUUAUGUUUUGAGGAAGGAUUCCUCUUCAUCAGACCACUUGGCCAGAGAACCUGCUAGAUGCUUGAUAUUGAGAACAAAUGGGGAGCUUUCCUUGCUCGAUUUGGAUGAAGGGCGGGAAAGAGAACUCACUGACUCUGUGGAGUUGUUUUGGGUUACCUGUGGUCAGUCAGAGGAGAAAACAAAUUUAAUUGAAGAAGUUUCAUGGUUAGAUUAUGGCCACCGUGGAAUGCAGGUUUGGUAUCCUUCUCCUGGUGUGGACCCUUUUAAGCAGGAGGAUUUUUUGCAGUUGGACCCAGAGUUGGAAUUUGACCGUGAGGUAUAUCCUCUUGGUCUACUUCCCAAUGCUGGAGUUGUAGUUGGUGUAUCCCAGAGAAUGUCUUUUUCAGCAUGCACAGAGUUCCCAUGUUUUGAACCAUCUCCUCAAGCUCAAACCAUUUUGCAUUGCCUACUUCGGCAUCUUCUUCAGAGGAACAAGAGCGAAGAAGCUUUACGUUUGGCGCAAUUGUCAGCAGAGAAGCCACAUUUUUCUCAUUGCCUUGAAUGGCUUCUUUUUACAGUAUUUGAUGCGGAAAUAUCCAGGCAAGCCAGCAAAAACCACGCACCUGUUCCUAAUCAUGCUUCUACCUCCUCUCUUUUGGAGAAGACCUGCGAUCUCAUAAAGAACUUUCCAGAAUAUUUUGAUGUGGUUGUUAGUGUUGCUAGAAAAACUGAUGGCCGACAUUGGGCAGAUUUAUUCUCAGCUGCUGGGAGAUCGACAGAGUUAUUUGAGGAAUGCUUUCAGCGCAGAUGGUAUCGUACUGCAGCUUGCUAUAUUCUUGUUAUCGCUAAACUUGAAGGUCCUGCUGUCAGCCAGUACUGUGCAUUGCGUCUAUUGCAGGCAACGCUCGAUGAAUCUUUGUACGAACUUGCUGGGGAGCUGGUUAGGUUUCUCCUUAGAUCAGGGAGGGAAUAUGAACCUGCUAGCCCGGGUACAGAGAAACUCUCGCCUAGAUUCUUGGGUUACUUCCUUUUCCCAUCUAGUCAACAGCGGCAACAUUUGGAGUCAAAGAGCUCAUUUAAAGAGCAGAGUGCUCAUGUUGCUUCUGUUAAGAACAUUUUAGAAAGCCAUGCUAGCUACCUAAUGUCUGGGAAAGAGCUUUCAAAGCUUGUUGCAUUCAUCAAAGGCACACAGUUUGACCUAGUGGAAUUUCUUCAACGAGAAAGAUACGGGUGUGCUCGCUUAGAAAAUUUUGCUUCAGGGCUUGAAUUAAUUGGGCAGAAGCUUCAAAUGGGAACAUUACAGAGCCGGUUGGAUGCAGAAUUCCUUUUGGCACAUAUGUGCUCCGUAAAGUUCAAAGAGUGGAUUGUAGUCUUGGCUACACUUUUGAGGCGAUCCGAGGUUCUCUUUGAUUUGUUCCGCCAUGAUCUGCGGUUGUGGAAAGCUUAUAGCAUAACCCUACAGUCGCAUCCUGUAUUUUCUGAAUACCAUGAUUUGGUUGAAGCCUUGGAAGAAAGGCUUUCAUCUGGUUCAUAUUCUUCUAGUACAACUUCAGAUGAGAAAUGAGCUCUUUGGAUGCUUCGAAACCUUUUGCAACUGGUCAACCAUGUUGCUUCAAAUGAUGCAAAUGCAUGUGGCACUGCCUUCGAGUAAAACCUUGUUGGCCAAGAAAGUGACUGCCACCACCUACAAAUGAAAUGCCUUGUAUCGUGCUAUUGAGCUGUGUAAUGAGCAUCGUCAUGGAGUGAUGGAAUGAGACUGCGUCUCUCGAAAGUCAUUGUAAGUUUUACUUGUAAAUAAGCGAUACCAGGGUAGUAAAUUACCUCUUAGCAUUUUCCUUUCUUCAGAGCUUGUAUCAUUCUUCCCUGUGCUGGCUUUUGGGGUUUUCUAUUUUUUUAGGUUUUG